CCUCAUUCUAUACCCUCUCAUCAUUCCUUCUCCUCCUCUUUACACAUUCCGACACUCCAGUUUUAGCUAAAAACUCAUAUCAUCAUACGAACCCAAACCACAACAAGUUUCACACAAGAAUCAACAUGGCCAACAUCCGUGAUCUCAAUCAACUCCCUCCCUAUUGGGAAGUCGUCGCCAGCAUAGAAGAACCAAGCUUUGCUCACCCCUUCUUCGCCGGUCACAACCACAACCACAUGCCACAUGGCGAACACUUUGCUGGUGCUGGAGACUUUGAUCUGCCCCAUCGUGGCCGCCAUGGCCCUCACCACCGCCGCCACCGCCGCGGAGAGCCUGUGACUGAAGACGAAGAACCUACCCAGACCGAGACUGCCGAAGAUGACGAACCCUCCUCUUCCUCCUCCGACGAGGAAAACCAUGAUGAGCCCCGGAAAUGCAAGCGUCACGGUCGCCACGGGCGCGGUCCAUGGGGAAAAUUCGACCACCCCCCUCAUCCCGGAGCAUUUGGAGCUUGGGGGGCUGAGUUUCAGGAACCCCACGCAGGAUUUGGCCCCCAUGGCGGCUUCGGCCAUGGGCCGCAUGGUCGGUUUGGACCCUACGGGGGUCGACACAUGCGCGGUGGCUUCAAGCAUGGUGGUCGCGGCGGACCGCACCGUGGCUUUGGCCCAUUUGGAUUCAAGGAGUUCGGCCAUCAUCGUCACGGUAAGCAUCACAAGCGCGGCGACUUUUUCCACCCCGAGGUGGAUGUAUUCGACACUACCGAGGCCUUUAUAGUGCAUGUUUCGCUGCCCGGGGCGAAGAAGGAAGCGGUGGAAGUAAAGUGGGACCCGAAGAAGUUCGAGCUGAAUGUCAGCGGAACGAUUGAGCGCCCUGGCGAUGAGGAAUUGCUGAAGACAUUGGCCUUGGAUGAACGUCGCGUGGGGACUUUCGAUCGCCAGGUGCGGUUGGGCAGUGUGUUCCAGCCCGUGGAGGUGCAUGUCGAAGGCAUCACGGCUGAGAUGGAAAACGGAGUGUUGAUCAUCAAGUUGCCCAAGGUGGAGACGGAUGUGGUGAUGGUGACGCGUGUGGAUGUGCAGUGAAGACUUCCUCUUUCUUUUUGGAAGACAUAUUCAUAUUUCUU